GCGCCUGUGCACUGCGCGCCUUGUGUCGUCACGAUUGCGGCUUUCCCCUGGGCCCGCAUGCACGUGUCAGACACGGAAUGGCGUCCACCUCGACCUCCACGUCCCCGACAGACCUUUGUGCGCAAUGGACAGCACUAGCGGAUGAGAACAUCACUACCAACAAGGUCGACGAGCUCCUGCGACCCGUUUCCAAUGACUUGUGGGUCGCCGCCGCUUGUACGGACCGCGUUCUGGAGGACGCGACUACACAGAAGUCGGUCUUGGGCUUAGGAAUCGAACGGACUGCUUCCACUCUCAAAAGGGCGCAUGAGGCGUACUUCCGCCCUUCGCCGUAUCAGGGAGACGAAUCGCCGGAGGAUGAAUCUGCGAAGGACUCAACUGCAGAGGGAGAGGCUCAGGAUGGCCAGGCUAGGCACGCUUCACUCGUCUCACACUUCCGCGACGAACCCACAGACGCACAGCUAUGUCGCAUACGUGCGGUUCUGCUGGACCGGCUGGACCGGCUGUCUACAUUCUUGGAGAUAUGUAAGGAGGCGCCUCCCAGGGCAACGGAGGAAACGGUCGAUGAAGACUGGGAGGACGACCCGUGGGCGGACGAAGCCAACGACACCACGGCAGAACCAUCAUCGUCUACCGUGGAACCACCACUUCCCCUAUCCACCUUCCUCACUACAGACCUUCUGCAUCUAGCAUGCCUGCUUGCGUCUUUGGAACAUGCUUCCGCACUCCGUAUACUCAUGAACCGACACGGGCAUCAUCUAUGGCCAUACCGGUUCUCGAUCAUCGACUGUAUCCCAGAACAUGCACUUGCCACUGAAUUUCGUGGCGUGCUACCAGUCUAUGACCCUUCAGACGACAAGGAGCAAAGGCCGGACCCGGACCCGUGGAGAACUGAACCGGACUUCUCGGAAAGCGCGACACUCUCUGCUGCCCUCGCAGACGCUGAAGUUCCUCUGAAGUUCUCCGUUCUAGCCCCCGUCACAACGGAUCUGCCUACACGAACAGAGCCCCUGUCCUCGCAGGAUUUGGCGACAUGGUACCAGGAUCGAAUAGACCUCAUCGUCUCGUCAACUGGUAUGGUCGAUGCUGCCCUGUUGCUGGUACAACACGCGGCCUCGCAGGGGCUCCCAGGGCUUGACGAAGUAGGCGAGGAGCUCAGUCUACUAUCCCGCUUGGUGUACGAUGCCCCCUCAGCGCCAGCCGACGCAGAUGAAGACUGGACACUGGACCGAUGGAGGUCAAUGGAACCGUCAGCUGUGGUGCGUGCAUACCUCGCGCAUUCCAUACCGGAGACGGUCGCAAAAGAUAUCAGCAGACUCGUCAUGCCGUAUCUCUUCGUACUGGAAUCGCGAGCAGAGCGAGCGGGAACACCAGAUCCAUCCCUGCCCAGACGGCUCCUAUACGGGUACAUCCUGAAUGCCCCUCUCGAGAUUGUAGCGGCCAUCUUCGAGGCAUCGAAGCCAACUCUACCUCCCGCUCAGCGACUCAUACGCAAUGACGAGGACAUAGCACGUCUCGCCUUAGCGUGCCUAUAUGGGAGCGAUAGCCUGGACGAAUGGUCGACCAUGAGCCGCAUUUUCGAAUGUCUCCCUGCCUGGGAUACCGCCAACGAUGAAGACGAAGCAGACGAAGCAGACACCACCAUCGCUUCGUUAGGUGCCUUCGUCAUUCCCUCCACUACCCGACCCCGCGCCACACCAACGGAUCUCAUGCUCUUCUUCCAACCCCUCCCUUCGUCUGCCCUGUCACGCGCUUUGGACGUCCUGGACGUCCAUCUUGAGUCUGGAGAGAUUCUGGCGCGAUGGGAGGUCCCAGCGCCCCUCCGUUGGUUCUUACAAAGCAACGGUAGCAUCGCCGAGCAGCGAUCAUGGGCCAACCGGAUGGCGAGGCGAGCCGGAGGCACCGACAGACUCGAGACGCAAGAAGAUUGGGAAUGGCUUUUGGAGGAUAUGCUCAAGCUCUCGGAGUCGGGCGAUAGCGGAGCCUGGAGCGCAUUAUGUCUGCUAUCCGAGGACGAUAUCGUUCGUAUCUACUUCAGCGGUCUGCUGAGCACAGGCAGAUUCGACAUAGCGAAACGCUUGUUACAUUCUUCUGGCAUUAGCGUGUCGCUGGAGCCAUCCGUCAUCGAAGAUAUAUGUCUCACAUGUUCUCAAGAGUUCUAUGACAACGCAAGCUCUGGCAACUACCAUUUCGGCGACAUGAAACUUGCCUAUGACUGCCUUGACAUUCCCGCGCCUUCCGACCGAAUCACCAGGGAGAAAGAGUUCAUUGAGGCCACCACUCGCCUCUGCUCUUUCAAUCUGAUGUCGCGCCCGGGCAUUCCGAUUACUCCUCUUGAGAUCCGUCUAACCAAGGAUCGCUUGUCCCUUGUAUCUCGGGUACUCUCCAGCAACACUGACGCCUUCAAGCAUACACAAGUGAUACUCGACCUUGUCCACAAGCUCGGAUUCAGAGGGGACGUUGUUGCUGAGGCCAAGACCAUGGCCAUGCUUGUCGAAAGCGCAGUACAAGCCGAAGACUUUACGCGUGCAUUCGAGACAAGCCAAAGUAUGAUCGACACUGUCCUCAACCUCCGAUCGACGGUACCGUCUGGCCUGCAUGACUCUAAUGUAGACGAGGCAAGUGAGGUCUGCUGGGUCGCUUGCUACCAACUCGGGCGGCAUCCGGAGUUUGAAGACGUACAAAAGAAGCUCACGCUACUAGGGCGUGCCCUCGAGCUAUGUCCGGCGGAUAGGAUGGCGGAUGUCUUAGCGAUAUGGCACCGUUCAGAAGACGAAGACCUGGAGCAACGACGCGCGCGACUCGAAAAUCGUCGCAAAGGUGGUCGGACAGUGCAUGCACGCAAACGUGCGCCUACAGAGCAUGAUCCUGUUGCAUCCCUUGCGGCUCGCUUGCAGCAGCUCCGGAUGCCUGACUUCCAGAUACCGCAUUCUCCGCUCACGGGCGCGGAGGAUGCGGCGGCGCUAGCAGGCAAGGCGUUCAACCGCGUUGCGGCGAAUUUCCCGUUCACCGUUGGCAACCGAGGCCGUACGCUGACAGGCGAGAACGUCAAUGGAUGGAGUAGCAGAGAAGGUAGCAGAGCACGCGAAGACGGACCAGACGUUUCGGUUCAGGCCUCUCGUGUUUUGCAGGCUGGUAUCGGUUGGUUAUUGGGUGGAGAUGACGAUGCUUAACGUACUCUGCGGACAUUUGGGACGAUCACAUUAUUUGCCCAUGCUCCAUGCACGUAUCCCUUCAUCUGUUCUUCUCUGUUCUUCUACACUCGCAGAGUAAUGAUAGUCCUUCAUGCCAUCCAACGCGGGAGGCGAUUCUCAGUCAACCUUUCCUGUACUUCCUGAGCACACCGAUCUGUUGCUACACCUGCAUCCGCGGCACAUACCACCUGUGUUGCGGUUGCGGUUGCGGUUGCGGUUGCGGUU